GGAAGGAGGAGGAGUUUUGCUUUGGGUCCGUUAAAAAAAAAGAAGAAAAAAAAAGUGCUGUAAUUCAAAAACGAGGAGGGGCGGUAAAAAAUGAGCAAGGAAGUCCUCUUCCUUAAAAAGGGGUAGACUACCAUCUGAUGCAACUUUAAACCACGCUGACAAGAGACGUGUUCAAAAUAAAAACAAUUCAACACGAGAUCACAGUGCAAUGGGUUGAGACUGACCCACACCCUCUCCACCAAAGUCCAUUAUCUGUGUCCACUUGAAAGAAACUACAGCACUGAAAAGUUCUUGGAUUAGCAGACUAUUAGCACAAAGCAAAACGCCACUUCAGGAGAGAGAGAGUGAGAGAGGGAGAGAGGGGGGGCACAGACAGCUGUAGCACAACUCUGAAAAAAGACACACAGUAAAGAAGAGAAUCAUCCUGGAGGCUGCUUCACACAGAAGGUUUCAGAAGUGCUCUUGAGCUAUGGAAAAGAAAGUAUGCGAAUCAAUGCAGAAUGGAGCGGUUCUUGGUGAGACGACAAAGAAGGAUGAGAACAUACGCCGGGGGAACUGGGGCAACCAGAUUGAGUUUGUUCUGACCAGUGUCGGCUAUGCAGUGGGUUUGGGCAAUGUCUGGAGAUUCCCCUAUCUCUGCUACAGAAAUGGAGGAGGUGCCUUCAUGUUUCCCUACUUCAUCAUGCUUGUGUUCUGUGGAAUCCCGCUCUUUUUCCUGGAGCUGUCCUUCGGACAGUUUGCCAGUCUUGGCUGCCUUGGGGUAUGGAAAGUCAGCCCCAUGUUUAAAGGUGUUGGCUAUGGUAUGAUGGUGGUUUCCACGUAUAUUGGUAUUUAUUACAACGUGGUGAUCUGCAUCGCUUUCUAUUACUUCUUCAUGUCUAUGACCAAUGUGCUUCCUUGGACAUACUGCAAUAACCCCUGGAACACCAAGGACUGCAGCGGGGUGGUAGGGUCUUCCUAUGCGAACGCCUCUAUCGCCAACACGUCCACGUUGAUGAGAAACAUCUCAGAAUUGGUGAACCAUACAGCCAAGAGGACCAGCCCUAGCGAGGAGUACUGGAAGUACCAUGUGCUGAACAUCUCCGAUGACAUUGGUCAUUUUGGAGAGGUGCGGCUUCCAAUAUUGGGUUGUCUGGCAGCCUCCUGGGUCGUGGUGUUCCUCUGCCUCAUCAGAGGGGUCAAGUCGUCGGGGAAAGUGGUUUACUUUACAGCCACAUUUCCUUAUGUGGUGCUGACUGUCCUCUUCAUCCGAGGAAUUACGUUGGAUGGUGCUGUUAAUGGGAUCAAAUACUACCUGACUCCACAGUGGAAAAUGAUCUUGGAUGCUAAGGUGUGGGGGGAUGCUGCCUCCCAGAUCUUCUACUCUCUUGGCUGUGCCUGGGGUGGGCUCAUCACCAUGGCAUCUUAUAACAAAUUCCACAACAACUGUUACAGGGACAGCAUAAUCAUCAGCAUAACAAACUGUGCAACCAGCGUCUAUGCAGGCUUUGUCAUCUUCUCCAUUCUGGGCUUCAUGGCGCACCACCUGGGCGUGGAUGUGGCUGAUGUGGCUGACCACGGACCUGGGCUAGCUUUCGUGGCCUACCCAGGGGCCCUCACUCUGCUGCCCAUUUCCCCACUUUGGUCACUCCUUUUCUUCUUCAUGCUCAUCCUGCUAGGACUUGGAACUCAGUUCUGCCUGUUGGAGACACUGGUAACAGCUAUUGUGGAUGAGAUUGGGACAGACUGGAUAAUUCGGAAUAAAACAUACGUGACCUUGGGGGUGGCGGUAGUUGGCUUUCUGCUAGGAGUGCCUCUGACAUCUCAGGCUGGGAUCUAUUGGCUGCUGCUCAUGGAUAACUAUGCAGCCAGUUUCUCUCUUGUCAUCAUUUCCUGUAUCAUGUGUGUCGCCAUCAUGUACAUUUACGGGUUCCAUAACUACUUCAAGGAUGUUGAGAUGAUGUUGGGUUUUCCUCCUCCAAUCUUCUUCCGAAUCUGCUGGCGAUUCGUGUCUCCUGCCAUUAUCUCGUUUAUCCUGGUGUUCACAGUAGUCCAGUACAAACCUAUUACUUACAAUGACUACAUCUACCCUGGCUGGUCUUUAAUCAUCGGAUUCCUAAUGGCUCUCUCUUCCGUAAUUUGCAUUCCUAUCUACGCCAUAUACAAGAUCUGGACGUCUGACGGGACAACGUUUCUAGAGCGUGUAAAAAACGCAUUAAAGCCAGACCCCAGCUGGGGCCCAGCCCUACAGGAGCACCGGACUGGUCGUUAUGCACCGAACGUCAGCUCUGGCUCAAACUUGAACCAGGAGGGUCAGCUCCUGCACACUAAGGAGAAGCCAGAAGAGGUCAGCCUCAUGAUCCAGGGCAGCAAUGACUCUGCACACAACCCAGAGGCCAGUGCGUAAAACCAUGGUGCAUCUUCAAAGCAUUUUACACACAGCAGUGGGUGAAGACAUUCUUGUGAAAACGUAACCUUUACAUAUUGCAAAGGCUUAUUAUUUCUAAUCUCUAUAGAAUGUGGUUGUCAUUUGAAUAUUUUUUUUGUCUGCAUAAUCUGAGAAUGUACAUUUUUGUUUGCAUGAAAAACUAUAACUUGCCUACACACUGUUAGUUCCAAAACUAGCAAGGUGGAGUACAUUAUUUUCAGAUCUUUUAUGAAAAUUGAGUAUGGUAGAAUAGCAGCCAGGCAACCUUGUAGUAUCUUGUUAGAGAGCUGGAGACAAUUUUCUUUAUAACAAAAAAAUAAAUAAAUAAAAUAACACACACACUGACCCAAACCCCCGUUCUCAAUAUAGCAGGUGUUCUGUUUACCAUUUUUUAUUACACUUGCUAUAUGCUAAAGACUCACACUAACCAAUCAAUAGUGUUUGGGUAAGUAUUGUUUUCUGUUUCUUAAUAUAAGCAAUAUCAUACUUGUAUAUAUGUAAAAAAAUAUAUAUUUUAGCUUGUUUUGAAAAUAUCCUCCAAAACAAGUACAUGAUAGUUGUUCAUAUAUUCCAUUGAUCAAAAGACAAAGUCUCAUUGUUUUACAAGUAACCUAUGGGUACUGUUUUCAAGGAAUCACAAACAGCAAUAAUUGUUUGGAAACUGGGUUCUAUUUACACACAUGAUGGACUAAUUGGACUACAGCCUAACAUCAAUAAAAUGAUGUGGAAACAGACCUUUUUGACCCACGCAUUAAUGAUCCAAGUGUAAUAGAAUAUACGAAUGGUGCUGCAUAAGAAUUUAAGAAAUAUUAUGCUCCAGCUCUCUAAAUGGACAGCCUGAUUCAUAAAACACUUAUAUAUCCACGGUUAGGCCCAUGGUGAAACCAGGCAACCAAUGGACCACAGAGGAAAUGUUUAAGAAAUGUUCAUGUGUUCUGUGUUUCAUUGGUUGCCUGAAAAAAGUUGCCCAAAAGAUGGCUUGUGUUUAUCUGCUGUUUUAAAACUCAUCUUUCCAGAAAAUACACAGAGAAGUGGUAUAGGCAACUAAAGGAGAGAUAUAAAAUGAUGAUACUUAAUUAUUAAAGUUGCUUGGUACAACUCUGGACCCAAGGUGUUAUUUUAGUAGGUCUUCCAGUAAGGUUGUUGUAAAUUGUGUGUGUGUUUUUUUCAGAUAGAAUACUACACUUGAGAAGGGAGCAUAGGCAUUAAAACAGUAGGACGAAUGUUAUGAAAUUGAAUGCUUGUGAUAAGUUACAGAACAGUAUUUGAUGCCCCAUAUUAACAAAAAAGCACAAAAUAUAUUCUAACAUUCCCAUAUAAAACUAUAGUAUGCAUAUUUAUUUUAGUAAAAGCAAACUAGUAGUUUGGGAAGCACUAUACAAUACUUACUUUCUUUUAUUUUGACGUGGGGAAAUUUUCCAGGGGUUGGGCUGGGCUUUACCCCAUUCCUCUAUUCCCCUUUACAGCAUGCUGUUAAACAAGGAAUCCAGCCAUUUAGUCUACAUACAGCAAAUAGCAGUUUGAACCAGCCUUUUUAGAGAAGUCAUAAAUCAUAUAACAUAGCCUACAAUUUUAAGAAACAAAAAGGUACAUUUUGUAAAGCACUAUCUUAAAUAAUAAGAGUAGUGUUUACCUUUCCUCAUUUGUGACUUGAUUUGUUUUAAGUGAAACUAUUUGCUAAUUGCUGAGGAUGUUUCAGUAGAGGUGGAGGACUUAGUGGAAGGUGUGGAUGUAAGGGAAGCCUUUUACCUCAUUCAUUAGUAAAUGUCAUUGUGAUCUGUUGGUUGUCUUGUGAACAUCUGUAAUUGGCUCCAAUAAUCUCAUCAUCUCAUUCGGUGCUGCGGUUAAACAGGUGACUUGAGUCUUCAACACUGUUAAUCUGGCUCCCGGUGUAGGUAGUUCCUGGGAUUGCUGUAUGACAGAUCCAUUUAAAUUUACUGGUAAUCCUUACUAAUACUACUCCAUUGCUUGAGUUUUUGUGGAUGUAUUAGGAAUGUGGAGAAAUGUGACUUGUGAUCCUUAUCUAUUGCUUUAUAAACAUAAAACAAAUAGUGGUUCUCUUAAGUCAUCCAAAAAUGUGAAAGCAGCAAUGUGUACCACACACAAUUAAAAAUAUACUGCAGAACUUCCAUUAUCUGAAACUCAGGGGACAAGGAAUAAUGUAGGUGUUUGGAUAUCAGAAUACUUGCAUAUAGAGGUUUGCAGGGAAGCUGCAACCAGUAGUUCAACUACAGUGUAACUACAUUUUUUAAAGAUUCAGCCAGUUAAAAAAAAAUAAAAUAAAAAAUAAAUCUUGUACUAUAUUUAAAUUUAUAAUAGAAUUGUUAUCCCCCUAAAAAAAUGUCAAGCUACAUUGAUUUUGGUACAAAUUGCAUUAAUUAUUAAAAGAAAGACAACUGCAAUAUAUUUAACUGAACCUUAUUCCCUUUGAGCGUCCUCAGUGAGCCCCUGUUCUCUUCCUUGUACAGUGAUGUAAAGAUGCACCCUUAGGGAUGUUUUUCUGUCGUUUUUUUGUUUGUUAGUAUUGUAAUUAGGUUGUAUAAAUGUGUAAUAUUUCCUCUGUGUAGUGUUGAUUUGCUAUGACAUAAUCUAAGUAUUAUUAGUGCAGCAUAGUGCAUGUAUUGAUGUUUAUAAUUAUAACGAUUCUCAGUACCUUUUAACAGAACAGUUUACAUAUGCCAUGUUGUUUCUUCCCAAAUCUCUCAGAUUAAGGCACCUCUGUUACCCAGUUAUAGUAACACCUGCCUCACCUAAAAGCCAGUUGGUUUUAAAAGUCCUGCAAAACCUAUAAUAGUAUAUCUUACAACUUCAGUAAAGGAGCAGUAAAUGGGGACAAGCAGUGUUAAAAAGUGUUUUAACAGUAUGAAAUUUCAACUACUAUACAUUAAUUGUUAAGGUCACUAAGUUUUUUGUACAAUUUAUGUAACUAUGGCUAUCUGCAGUAUAUGCUGUAUUUAACACAUACUUCCUUCUAUUUAUUUGGCUUUUUCACUGCAGUGAUUUAAAGACCGCACACCAUUCUCUUAAGCACACUACCUGCAAUGCGAAUUACUUCUGGAGUAUGAAUAUUUUAGUGGCAAAUAAUACAGGUAGUCGGUGACUUUUCAGCAAGGGUGGAGUGUACUAGAAUAUCACUAAAAUAUAACUUUAACUGAACCUCUUUUAUAUACAAUAAAUGCAGGCAACAUAACCUCACCCACUCUCUGAUGAUAAACCAUCCUUCCAAAACUUGGCACAUACAUUACACACUUAGAAGUAGUGCCACACAAUUUAUACAUUUACCAAAAGACACCCUUGCAGAUGCAGAAAACUACAAAAAACUAAAGCCUGCAAAUAAAUUUGUGCAGACAAAGCACAGGCCCAUCAAUGCCAGAUGCAUUAUAGGGACCAUCUGUCACCAGUCAGGUGCAUGUGCACAAAGGUGUGGUGGACAUCGCAGACCGUGGUAGGAAGUCAGUGGGUUCAGGAAGGAGACAGCAUUAUUGAUGUCUCCAAAUGUAUAAUGCUGCAAAAAUGCUUCCUUGGGGAACCAGCCAUUUGCACAGUAGUUUUAAUUGUAAUGUAUUUCUUCUAGGAAUUCUUCUAGUUUCUAAAAUAUUACAUUUAAUAUUAUUAGUAACUAAAACAUUACAUCUUCAGUCAAUGGCACUAACUUGGUGGGUCAGAUUGUGUCAUGGGUUUUUUUAACGUCCUACUUUAUCCUGGGUGAUGGGGAUUUACAGUUUGGAGUAGAUUAAAGCCGACAGACCCACAUCAACUUGUCUUUUUUUAUAAAACUGGAGGUUGUUUUGUUUGAAGUAUUUUUAAAAUAAAAAAAACCCUGUAAGCACAAAGCCAUUUUUAAGGAUCUGCCUUAUCCAUGCCUGUUAUAUAUGGAGUCAUGUAUGUUAUAAAUGGAAAUGCAUGGAAUUAGCUGUACAUGCUUACUUUCCUGAGGAUUCUGUUACAACCCUAAACCUAAAAAGCAACAGCUGUGUAUACAUUUUUCUCUUGGUAUGCGUAUAUUGUACAAGGUUAAGGUUCAAACUGUAGUUAUAUGUACCAUAGGUUUUUAAUGAUAUUUUUGGGACAUACUUGCGAUAUGAACUUUUAAGACAAUAUAAUACGUAUGUCAUGUUUGUGUUAGGAACAGUGUCUCCUGAUAAAGGAGGGUUUUACUUGUGUUUGUUUUUUCAAGCAUACUUCAUACCAAUAGGAAGUUGUUGUAAGUAGCAAUAUCUUGUAACACCCUCAUGGUAUAAUUAAUAUGUCUGAUAGAAAAAAAAGCGACCUGUUGCCGUUUUACCAGCAGAGCAACUAAAAAUAUUCAAACAAACAUUAGAAAAUGAAGGUGUUAAACAACAAGUGACAGUGUAGGGCAUUUUGCACAGAUGCAUUGUCAUGCUUUUUCAUGGCAUUUCACCUGAGGAAAGGCCUGCAGUUUAGGGGCUGGUUUCCCGCCUACUUUUAAUCUCGCUAAAGAUAAGAGACAAGUGACCUCAUACCUAUUUUUUGUUUUUAAAUUUUAGAACAUAUAUCCUGUUCAUCCCAGGUGGUUUACAGUGUAAUUUCUCAAACAAUUUAAGCUUUGGUUCCUGAUUGUCUUUUUUUUUGUGAAUCAAAUCUCAGGUUUUACUUCAGAUGGGACUGCUGCUCUAACCAUUACAUUUUGUGUUGCACUUCUCUUUAUUGAUGUUUAUCAUUGUACAUUGUAAAGGUAUAGAAGUGUGUAUGCUCACAUGUCAGAGAUAUAAAUUAGCCCAACUCCAUAUAUAUAUAUAUAUAUAUAUAUAUAUAUAUAUAUAUAUAUAUAUAUAUAUAUAUAUAUAUAUAUAUAUAUAUAUAAAGGCUUUAUAUAUUUACAUUUAUAAUUUUCAUUGUUUAUUUAAAAAUAAGACAAUUUUUUAAAUAAAAAAUUAACGGUACUGUUGAGAUACUGGAACCCACGUAUUUGUGCAUCUAUAAAAUAUCAGUAGUUGAACAAUCCUGUUAGAAAACAGCGGUUACAAAAAAAAAAGAAAAAGAAAGGAAUGUCAGUCAGUAUGUGUAUAGUAUGUUAAUAUAACAAUAACUGUUACUACUGUUUUCAGUGGUAUAAACUGAUAUUCUCUUAAGUGUCGUUGACAUUAUACACAGACUGGCGGUGUGUGUGUGAGGGUGGAGGGGAGGGGGGACCAGUCUCAGUUCAUGCCAGCUGCUGUGGAAGUGCUCUUGUUGGGGCAGAGCAGCAAGUAAAAUCUAACCUGCUUUUCCUUUGACAGAAGUGGAUUCCCUUGUGUGCCCUUUACUCUGUGCAGAAUACCCUGUUUGUCCAUUAUGAAACAGCAUGAAAAUGUAUUUGUAUUGUCACAAUUUUCAUUUGAAGUAUGGAAUCCCAAGCUAGCUUUAAAAUAAAAUAAAAACCUCUAGAUGAUGUGUACAAUACUGUAUUAUGUUAUAAGAUUAUUUGUCAGACAUGUGAAUAAAGAAUAGCAAUUAACCUUAAAA